AUGCCAAGUAAUUCGCAGCAAGAAUAUGACGAUUAUUAUACAGAGGAAUUACCAAAACCUGGUUUAGUUGGCCUGUACUCGGAUCAUAGACCACCUACAUGGUCUUUUAUAAAUGCACAUAAAGGUUUUUCGUACAACAACGAUGAAGUUAGUGAAGAAGAAUUAGAAUCGCCUGGGUAUUCGACUAUAGAUCCAAGACAAGAUUCAAUUGCAGACGCCCCUAGCACAAAACGCAGGCUUUUAAAACUAAAAACCAGCUCAGAAGACCUCUUUCCGGAAAGCCAAACUGUCAGUUACCACUCGAACCCCGAUUUUCAAGUGUUACAUGGAUUCAAACUUCCUAAUUUAAUGCCGAAAAUAAAAUUUCAUCCUAUGCGUAAUUUGAGAAAAAAGUCAGCCACAGAACCGAAUGGACAUAGUGGUGUAGUGGAAACCCAUUACGAAUCGUAUAUCGACAGCGAUUAUGACGAUUAUAUCGGAAUCAAAGAGGAAUUGUACAAAGAAUGCGGAAGAACAAAAGAUGAAUAUUUCUCAAGUCGCAAUUGUGACGGAGAACUUGGAGAAAUUACUAAAGGCACCCAUCCCUGGCUCCUGCUUGCAGUGCUAACUAAAAACAAGCAAAGUAUUCUUUGCUAUGCAACCCUUAUACAUCCACGCGCCGCCAUCACCGCUGCAGACUGUACUUACGGGAUCGCUCCAGGCGAAAUCACUAUCGUCGCCGGUAUGUGGGACCUGAAAGGUGAUAAUGGAGAGCAAUUUCAACAGCGCUUAGCCUCCGUCCAUUCACAUCAGCAGUACUUACCCGGAAAGUUAGCUUAUAACAUUGCUUUGUUGUAUUGGAGGCGUCCCCUUAGAUUGGAUGCAAUGGUACGGCCGGCGUGCAUUUCGGACGCCAACGUCGAUGACGACUGCGUAUUUGUUGGAUGGGGUGGAUACGAUCAAGGCAUUCGACAACGGCCCCAAUGGCAACGCGCAACCAUUUUGUCGCCUCGAAAUUGCGAUGAAAGAAUUUCCACAAAUCAAGAGUUUGAUCUCCCCAUCGAUGCGUUCUGCGCUAUAGUUAACUCGAAGACCACUGUCACUGGCCUGGGCGGACCUUUGAUGUGUCAAACUGACGGUAAAUACUCUGUGGCGGGCUUUGCAAUUUGGCGAGACGAAAUUGUUGUGCUGAUGCGUGCGCGAGAAUGGACUAUACGGGCACUGGUCGCUUUGGGUAUAAAU